AUGGGAACUUCGUGGACUCUGCUUCUGGAAAGGUCAAGGGUAAUGCUGAGAUUCGCAGAUUUGAUUGAGAAACACAACGACGAGAUCGCAUCUCUGGAGUCAUGGGACAAUGGAAAGCCUUAUGAGCAAGCAAGAGAUGUAGAAAUCCCAAUGGUCGCCAGAUUGUUCCGCUACUAUGCUGGAUGGGCGGAUAAGAUUCACGGGCUUACAGUUCCAGCUGAUGGAAACUAUCAUGUCCAGACACUUCAUGAACCAAUAGGCGUAGCCGGACAAAUCAUACCGUGGAACUUUCCACUUUUGAUGUUUGCUUGGAAAGUUGGUCCUGCUCUUGCUUGUGGUAACUCCAUUGUCCUCAAAACCGCUGAGCAAACGCCUCUCACCGCUUUCUACGUUGGCAAGCUUCUCCAUGAAGCGGGUCUUCCUCCGGGUGUUCUAAAUAUAGUUUCUGGAUUCGGUCGAACCGCAGGUGCUUCCCUCGCGAGUCACAUGGAUGUAGACAAGCUUGCUUUCACAGGAUCGACUGAUACGGGAAAAGUUAUACUUGGAUUGGCUGCUAACAGCAAUCUCAAGCCGGUAACUCUGGAACUUGGAGGGAAAUCACCGUUCAUUGUUUUCGAAGAUGCUGAUGUGGAUAAAGCUGUGGAGCUUGCACACUUUGCUCUCUUCUUCAACCAGGGGCAAUGUUGCUGCGCUGGGUCUCGUACAUAUGUUCAUGAGAAAGUGUAUGAUGAGUUCGUUGAGAAAUCAAAGGCACGUGCCUUGAAACGUGUGGUUGGUGAUCCUUUCAAGAAAGGCAUUGAACAGGGUCCUCAGAUUGAUUUGAAGCAAUUCGAGAAAGUGAUGAAAUACAUAAGGUCAGGUGUCGAAAGCAAUGCUACUCUGGAAUGUGGAGGUGAUCAGAUCGGAAGCAAAGGUUACUUCAUUCAACCUACAGUCUUCUCUAAUGUUAAGGACGACAUGCUUAUUGCUCAAGACGAGAUUUUCGGUCCAGUCCAAUCAAUCUUGAAGUUCAGCGAUGUGGAUGAGGUGAUUAAGAGGGCGAACGAGACGAGGUACGGGCUAGCCGCAGGGGUAUUCACAAAGAGCCUUGACACGGCGAAUAGGGUCUCGAGGGCUUUGAAAGUUGGCACCGUUUGGGUUAACUGCUUCGACGUCUUUGACGCAGCCAUUCCCUUUGGUGGUUACAAGAUGAGCGGCAACGGCAGAGAGAAAGGCAUUUACAGUCUCAAUAAUUACUUGCAGAUCAAGGCAGUUGUCACUGCUCUUAAUAACCCUGCGUGGAUCUAAAUGAUCUCUUGGAGUUCGUUGUUUAUGUCAUAAUAGCUCAAAUAAAAGAACAUUUAAGACUCUUGAGUAACUGGUUGUGAGAUUGUCGGUAAUAAAUGUGUAAUCAAGUUAUUCUCACUGUAACUUUCUCCACUCAUAUUAUGUUAGCUGUACAUGGAACUGAUUAUAUU